CCUCGCGAUCCGAGGCAACGGGAUGUCGAGACUGGCUCGAGGGGUUGUUGACGUUUCACACCGACGCGACGCAUCGUUUCAACGUUUCGAAGCGCACAGUCGGGGGGUGCAAAGAUGCCUGGCGCCCACAUCGUUCCGCGUCGAGUUACAAUCGAUAGCGAUUAUCGUGUCGCGUCGGUGUGCACGAAAGACGGAAAAUGCAAGCGUCAAAAGCAACACAAGACACGAAACCAGAUGUGUGCCAGACGACAGGCAGAAGGGCCACACACUGAAUAAUAUUGUUAGCGUUGCGCGAUCUGAUGCCUGCAUUGUGCCUGUGUCUGUCCCUGUCUGUCACUUAGACUCUAGACAACUACAACAACCACCACCACCAUCACUAAUGAACAACCAACAACAUCAACUACAACAUCAAAACAAUCCACCGCAUCUAGCCUACCAACAAGCGAAUCACCACAGCUACACGACCGUAACCACGUCCAAUCAGCAUGGGCCCAGUCACUUGCCACCCGGCGGCGGUGUCAUGGGUGUCCAUCAGCAAGGUCCCGUACCACCCCACCUUCAGCAACAGGGGAAGGGGAGGGGCGGCGUGGUCAAUCGGGUCGUUGGUAGUAACAUGCCGGGUAUGCAGGGUCCGGGCCAGCAUCUCCAGCAGCAGGACUAUCAAGGCCAGCAGCAGAUGAAUCAGCCAUACCAGCAACAGCAGAAUCAGCCGUACCAGCAACAGCAGAAUCAGCCGUACCAGCAGCAGCAACAAUUGGGCCAGCCGAGUCAAGGGUACUCGCAGCAACCGGUGCAACAGUUCCAGCAAUCGCAGCCGCAGCAGCAAUUGGGCCAGCCGUUCGCGCAGCAGAAUCAACCGGGCGGCCUCGGGAUGCAGAUCGGUGGUCCCCAAAGCGCUAGCAAGCCCAUGAGAGGGAUACCGGCGGUGAUACCGACGGCGCAGUCCAAGACGCAGCCUAUGUCAACGCAGCAACAGCAGCAGCAGCCGCAGCAACAGAGCACCGGGCCGAACCUGAUGCAGAAGUUCACCGAGAUGGCGGGCGCAAGCGCGGGCGGCGAUAUACUCUCCAAGGGGAAGGAGUUGAUCUUUAUGAAAUUCGGAUUGGGCAAGUGAGGAGGAGUGAUCACUGACGGCGUGACCGUGACGACGAUAACGAUCAUGACGACACGUUGUCGCAAUCGUUUCCGUUUCGCUCUCGGGCUCGACGUCCGCGUAAGUCAAUCUCGUCAAUCGAGCUGUGGAAAUCAGUAUUACGACGAACGUCUUUCGACGGCGGAAGAUGUGCAAUCUGGACGCGAGCUUGUCGGACGUUGUUGCUGAAGACAAAGAGGACAAGGCGGGGAAGAGUGCGCCGCCAUUGCUGUUGCUGCUGUUACUGCUAUUGUUGCUACUCGCUAUUAAUAAUCGUUAACUACUGCAAAAUAAAGAGGAACGUCGCGGGCGAAUGUGAAUCGAGGACGAGCCUCGCGAUAGAGAAAGGGAGAAAAAAAACAUUCGGUGGAGACUGCUCGAGAUGAGAAAGAGAGGUGACCCACGCCGAGAAUCGACCGACCGAUCGAGAAGAGACAAGAGAUCCGUACAAGAUUCAUCGAAUUUCUUCUUAAUCUUCCUUUUCUGAAAUCUUCUUCUGCUACUUCGUCUUCUUCUUCGCGCGACCGUAGGAUCUUCGAUCGGUGCUGCACGGUCCAUUGAAGAGAUACUUGUCGAUUGCUCGUCCACCGAAUCGUCGCGAAAUCUCCUAACGUACACGAGAUCAAUCAAUGUCACGGAAUGCUAUAUGCGAAAUAUAUUUCGAGCAACGGUACAUCAAGUCAUGUAAAUUACGUAUUUGCGCGACUGUUUCUUCCUAUCUCUUCUUGUCCUCUUUGCGUUAUUCAGAGAGCCGCUCGGUUCUCAGAAUAAAACAAAAACCUUCGUUGCGAUGCGGAUUGUGCGUAAGAGAGAAAAAGAGAGAAGCAUCCCGCGUUAACAUAAAUUCUGUAUAUGCAAAAACGAGUCACUGGUUAAGCAAAGCCAGAAGUCGGCACGUGGACGGAAGAGAGAGGUAGAGGCCGAUCUACAAAGGGAUUAUCAUAUCGCCGUAUAGGAGUGAGGACGCGACAACAACGUGGGUGUGCCUUGGGAGAACCGUUUCACCCAGCAGCAAACCAAUGAUCAUAUCUCUAAUCGAUAAUUCUCUAGCUAUGUUCUUCUUUCUCUCGUGGAAAUCGAGCGCGCUAUAUCGAGAGCCGUAGCGGCGCAUACACGAAUAAACGAUGACGAUCUCUCGUCUUGACAAUUUUCUCUUGUUCCCGUGUGUGUGAGACUGGAAGUCCCCUUCUUCCCCUCCCCCCCCCCCUCUUCGCGUAUUCCCUUACAUUAUUCCAUGUCCUUCGCUUUUAUUCCAGCAUCUCAGAAUGAACCUGCAUGCGGAUGAAAACGUCCGGACCGCGAGAAAGAGAGAGAGAGAGUGAGAGAGUGAGAGAGAUCCUCGAGCCUCGUGUUUCCAGCCGCUCGGAUGAAUCUCGGAAUCGGGAUCGCCUGUUCGAAUCGGAAGAGACUCGAACGAAUCCAAGACGAUGCCCGAGGGUGAACGGUGACGUGGCCGUUUAUCGUCAGACCCGUCUUGAAUGGCGCACAAAAAUCAGAGUAUAGAGCAUCGUCAGACACCAAUGAAACGCAGACACGAAACGCUACGAUCCUUCGAUCGGGGCGGGCGAAUCGGCCGCGUAUCAAACGAUAACUAUAUAUCAUAACUGUGUGCAUGUGUGCGUGUACGUAUGAGAGAGAAAGAGAGAGCGAGAGACAGGCGAGAUGGAACGGGAGAUCAUAGCGUAUUAAAUGGUAACGGGAUAUACAUAUAUACAUAUGCAUAUACAGAUAUACAUAUAUAUAUAUACAUAUAUAUUAUAUUUAACUAUUGCAAAGUGUUGUUACAUCGCUACUUGUAUCGUAUUUUGUACAAAGUAUCUUUACCUUCGAUUGUUUUCUUUCGCCAAGAUAUCUUUAGCAAAAAAAAAUAUAUAUGGCGGAGGAAGAGCGACGAAUCUUUUCCGGAUCCACUAUCGAAUCAUUCAACAUUGUCAUCAACAUUAACUUCAUCCUCAACAUUACCCUCAUCGCCCUCAUUAUUCUUAUCAUCAUCAUCAUCGUCAACAUCCUCAUUAUCUUCAUUAGUAUUGUCACCCUAAUCAUUAUCAUCACACCGGUAUUAACGUCACGCCGUUGAUGCAAUCUUGUACUUAAUUGUUAUUACUCGCGCCUGUCCUGUGUAUGUACUCGCUUUACGUAUGUUUUUCGGUGACGGUGAAUAUACAUAUACAGCGAGACAAGCUCGAGAUUUUGAGAGGAAGAGAGCACCGCGUAGGGAGAUAAUCAUUCCCAUCGAGAAACGAAUCAAUUUCCAGAAAACUCAAGAUCGCGAUUCAAUCCUUUCACCCCCAUCGGGGCACGCAUGUGCCCACCGCAGCUUUAAUAAUUUUUUCGGGGACAAUAUAUCUCGAUAAUGAUGUUACAAUUACACUUUGUUAGAAUUUAGAAUGUAUCCUAGGGUGACAGUGAAAGGGCUGUUAUUGCGACGUUCAGAAAAAUAAUGCGACAUAAAAGUAACGUUGACUCUCCGACAUAAACGGAACAACGCUAAUGAGACGCGUAAUAGAAACAUAAUGUAUACGUCAUCAUGGACCAAGACGAAAUCUCUAACGUUAAAGAAAAGUCGGAAUUCGCCGUCUAAAUAAAAUUAUCGAAUAGCUCGUUCAUCGUAAUCAGUCCGCGGUUAGAUGUCUCACGACUCACGAUGAUUUGUUGUCGAUGAGAGUUUUCCAUGCGCAAAUUGUUAAGACUGGAGAGAGAAACGAUUGUCAACAAUUAUUUAAAUAAUGAGAUUUUUCGCAAGCGCGCUGUAAAUAUUAAGAUAUAGAAAAUCAAUUGCGACAAACGGACGUGUCUCCCUAACGCGGUGCUUCCAUUACACAAGCUUACGCAUGAACGAUUACGUGGAGUGUGAGUCUGUCUGAAUCAAAAAGUAGACAGAACCGGUACUCGAAGCAUCUCUUGCUUUUAUCUUUCAUUUUAUCGUUGCCUUGUCGCGUGAUACGUGAUGAUAGUACUCGGCUUCGAAAACGUGCGCGUCCGACGUUCGACCGAUCAGAUCCGGUCGUGUAGCAUCGGACGAUCGCGCGAGAGACGCGAGAGAGUCUCUCGCUUUCUCCGCGACUAUUCGCGUGAAUGGAAUCGCGAAGAUAUCGACGCAUCGUACCUAACUGAUUUGCAACGGCGGGGCACCCGCUCGCAAAGUUUAUUUUCACCGAGUUGUAUUUUUUCAAUUGUACAUAAACGCGCGCUUUGAGGCGAAAGAGGAGAAUAUCAAUGCUCGUUUACGGAACUACACGACUGGACGAUUCGGGUGGUAAUCGAGUGGAAAGUGAUAUCGACAUUAUUUAUUAGAGCACGUGUCCCCCUUCGUAUAGCUUCUGCGGCUUUUUGUUCCUCCCGUACUCCACACCUCCCACCCCCCCUUCCCCUUACAAUUGACAAUUUUCGCACUGUAUUACGACGAGCGAACUCAUAUCCGACUAGUAAUCUUGAUUCAGGCGAUGUGAAAAAAAAGACUGAUACCGAAGUAUUCCGAUGCCGCGGGUGAUUAUAACGAGUACCAAGACGCUAACGAGUGUGUGUGUGUGUAAUCUCUCACAUAUGUCGCGGUCGUUACGUGUCUUUCUUCGAUUGUUUUCUGCGUUAUCCCAUCGUAUCUCUAUAAUAUAGCCGUAUAUAGUUCUCUUUCGCGCGAGCGAGAAAGUAUACAUAUUUGUUACGAACUUAAAAUUGAUUAUAGGCGUAAAGAGAGGAAAAGUAAGAGAAAUGACAGAGAAUUAUAAGAGGAGCAUCGACGCGAGAUGUCGAGCGGGUUCCGGCAGGAAGCGGGUCUUCGAAGAAGAGAGGAGAUUAUUGUGAGAGAAGAAAAGGGAGAGAACUCUAAUCGUCGAUGCGGCGCGCACACAUUAGUGCUUUUACUUACGGUACAAAGUCGAAGAAAGAGAGAGGGAAAAAGGGAGAGAUAGGGGGGAGAACGAGAAAGAGAGAGAGGAGUAAGCAUUUUUACUUAUCAUCGUUAGACUUUUAGAUAUGAUCAUCCUAAAACGCACCUAUAUGACUUUCACGCGAACGGACUCAUUGCAUAUCUCGCGUCAAGACGUUCGAACGGGGUCAUCACGCUCAUCCUCUUCGCGCGGUCUAGACCAAGCGCCAGCGAUACGACAGCGAUUCGAUCGUUUAACGAGAACAAUAAAAUAGCGAGACGCGACAAGACGAUCGAGCGCGGGUAGAAUUACGCGGCGACUCCGCUCCUCAGAGGCUUCCGAUCCGUCAUUGCGUCCCAAUCACUGGAUCACAUCUACGAAUUGUCUCCUCGAAAGUCGUGAUACUCGUGUGUAUCGCUGCAAGUCUGAAUUCUCGAUUGAUCCGCGUCCAGUGUAUGAUUAAAUGGCUCUAAUCCAUCCUUUAAUCACCAUAACUAGUGGCGUGCGUCUUACAGUGUCCCUAUCAAAUGUGAAUUACUGUCUGUAAUGUUUCAUAUGUACGUAUAUCCGGCAGCUUCUUCGUUGUAAGUUCCACCGGAGGUGUAUGUUAAUCCUUUCCUUCUGUGCGAUCGUGAUGACGGAUCGUUGGUCUCAACUCGAGCGGUGCCCAGCCACGAGUCUACUGAUCACAUCUCGGGAUCGAGCCUCACACCUCUGUAUAAUCUCAUACAUUCUUAUCGUUACCGACUUUUAGCCUCUGAAUGGGACGACCCGUGUAGCUCUUUUGAUAUCGUGGCGAUCGGUGUCGAGGAUGAUAAUCGACUGGCGAACGAACGAACAAGCGAGCGAGCGAGCGUGCGUGCGUACGUGCUCUCGAAUGCUGAAAGGAACGCAGGUGCGCCCCAACAAUCCUUCAACAAUUUUCCGGACGUUUCUUUCGGUCUUCGUAGAUACCUUUAGGCGUAAGGCACUGGGUUGAUUUCACCUACUAGGUGUCGAAUAGAAUUAAUAUAACGCCCGCCCUCCGCGCAUUCAUACACACGUAUACACGAACACACCCCAGGCCGACACGUGUCGACGGCGACGCACGGGUGUCCGUUUGAGAGCACUGCUGUCUAAGAGCCGGUCCUCGACAGUGUUUUUCGCGUUUAAAACCACUUUGCAAUUGAUUCUCCGUUUCUUCACGAACACUGCGAAAUUGUGCUUGUGAGAGUACUCGAGUAAAAUUUAGCGAUUGUAUUUUUUAUUUUAAUUAAUUUUCAAAACAGUUUUAUUGAGCAAUGAUUAUUUUAGGAGCUUGAUCGAGAUCGCGUAAUUGGAAAAAAUUCCCGGUGCUAUCUUGAACGGACACCACGCUUUAACGAGGUCGACGACGAUCGUUUCUGGGAUCCGCGGACUUUCGUUUCCGCUAGGAAAGCUUCAUUGACGGAGGGAAAGAGCGCUAUAACGAAUCAAAGUGACUGACAGAGGGGCGGUGUAAAGAGGAGGCUACGAAGCUAUCCGAACGGUGUUAAUUAGUCGCCAAUUAUUGUCAUUCUUUCUCUCGUGUCGACAUUAAAGACGUAUGAAGCGGGAGCAGAAGGUAGCGCAAAUCGACUAUAUAACACGUUUCAAUAUAAACGAAAAAAAAUAAUAAUAAAAAGGAAAUAUAUCGCGUCGUCUCUUAAGCAUGCCAAGAGAGAGAAACGCCCAGCUACGUUUGUCAUUCAGUAAUCUUGCGCUUUGUUUUUUCUAUGAAUCGGUGCGCGACGAUCUUACUCCUUGUUAGAUCGAGGUGAUGAGAAACAGGGGGAAAAAAAUGAAGAGAAAAGGGGAGACUUAAGAGAGCCCACAAGAAACACACUCACAAUGUUAUUAUAAACGAUUAAUUAAUAAAAAACGAAUCUUGUUUGUUGUUA